GCGAGUCUGGCCCCGCUCUCCUUCCGCACAGUCGGGGUUUCCGCUUCCCUCCCGAGCGCAGGGUGAGAGGGAGCGAGGGUGAGAGGGAGCGAGGCCGAGUCUCAGCAUCGGCCGCCGCCGCCGCCGCCAUGUGGCCCCCAGACCCGGAGCCCGACCCGGACCCCGAGCCCGCGGGCCGCUCCCAGCCCAGCGCGGCCCUUCCCGGGCUCCGCGCCCUCCUGCCGGCGCGCGACUUCCUCUGCUCGCUCAAAGGCCGCCUCCUGCUGGCGGAGACGGGUCUCUCGUUCAUCAUCUUCGUCUGCUAUGUGGCGUCCUCAGCAUCUGCCUUCCUCACGGCGCCCCUGCUGGAGUUCCUGCUGGCCCUCUGCUUCCUCUUUGCUGAUGCCAUGCAGCUGAACGACAAGUGGCAGGGCUUGUGCUGGCCCAUGAUGGACUUCCUUCGCUGUGUCACAGCGGCCCUCAUCUAUUUCGCCAUCUCCAUCACAGCCGUGGCCAAAUACCCAGAUGGGGCUUCCAAAGCAGCCGGGGUGUUUGGAUUCUUUGCCACCAUCGUGUUUGCCAUUGACUUCUACCUGAUCUUUAACGACGUGGCCAAAUUCCUCAAACAAGGGGACUCUGCACACGAGACCACAGCUGACAAGGCAGAAGAAGAGAAUUCCGACUCUGACUCCGACUGAAGACCUGCCCUGCCCUGGCACCUGAGCCACGCAGGCCUCCACUCCUGCACCUUUUGACCAGGCCGGCCAGAGUGUGGCCAGGGAAGCUGUGAUUUCUCGAGCAGCAGUGGGAGCUGGUGAUGGAGCAGGCCUCCUUACAGCCCCAGGCAACAUUCCUGAGCCCCAUAUUCACAGUGGCACCCCUUGGCUUAGCACUGUCCAGCCUCUCUGCUGUGAGGGCAUUGUGAAUAUUCCGCCCUUUCUCAUUUCUGCCCCCACAACCUUAAGCCCUUUAACCUCUCUGCCAAAAAUAAGCAUGGGGACAGAGCAGAUAGAGCCUUGUUACCCCAUCACAGGGGGCCCUUCAUGCUGUGGCGGGUGUGGGCGAGAGAAGCAAGAUAAAGACUGCCGCAGGGCCAAGCCCUGGGCCCCAGUGGUUUCCGUCUGCGGCUGGGGCCCCUGCUCACACCAGGCACUGUCAAGAAUGAUCCUUCCAAAAAUUCUUUUGUUCAAGGAGCACCAGUUCCCUCUUCAUUCUUGAAGCAGGGAGAAAACUAGCCUUUAUCCUGUGACCUAGGGGAGAGUAGGUCCCAUUGCCCACCUCACACUUUUGGAGACCAUGACCAUGACUUCAGGUGACCGGUCUAUUCUGGGUGUAUGACUGUUGCAAAGCAAAGCUCGUAGACUAGCUUACCAGGUCCAAAAGAUUGAAGGCUCCAAGUGACAAGUGGCAACGACAGCGCCUGGGGCAGCUGGGCAGGCCCAGCCCAGCCCUCUCUUUCCCCAGGGCCGUCAGCAGGUGAGUGGCUCCCAGGCCCUCAGGACAAUGUACUUCUGGACACCUGACCCACAUGAGGGGUGAGACGUGCCUUCUGUGUUCACCUAAGGACCUUAUGCUGUGCAUAUAUCUUCAGUAGGAUUUUGUAACUUUAUGUAUGAUUUUUUUUUUUUAAACACAAAAGCAGCUUCUUCAGUGGCAUUUCCUGUGACCCAAGAGACCUUGUGAAUGAGCCAAAGUUCUGGACCCAUGUUUUGGGCAUUUGUAGUCUUUUCUUCUUCUCUUGCAUGUGAAUCUCCUAUCCUGAAAAAAGCCAUCAUGGAUUAAACCAGACUGACUUCCUGCUUGGAGUGUGUGUGUUUGAUAAAAACCUUACACAUCCAGAGCAACGCUGUCAGGUGUGAUGCAUCAGCACAGAGUGGUCCCACACACCACGUGGAUCCUGCGUCUACAGGUUACAGCAGCGAUGCCCGCACACUUACUCCCGGCCAGGCAUCUUCGUGUGGGCUCUUUACUCCUCACAUGAUCUUCUCGUAGUCCAGGAAUCUGACGGAAGGUUCGGUGAGUUGCUCAGGUCUCCACGAGAGGCCCGGGGUCUCAGCUCGCAUCAAGUUAACAGUCCCACAGUGAGUCAGCAUCUUGGCCCCGGUGAUGGGAAAGAUCAAGGCACCCUGCCCCAGCUUUUCGCACAAUGUGUAAUGUGUUCUGAAAAUAUGUGUGAAAGUAGAACCUGCAAAAGCCGACGGGCUGCCAGGGGUGGCUCCACUUUGCCAGCCCUGGCCAAGCCACCAGUCGACAGCAAUACCGAAGUGUCCUCACCCCCCACUGUGGCUGUUUGGCCCCCAACUCACAGGCCUGUUUCAGGAUCUGGGCCACAGCCUUUGAAGGGGCAGGAGCAAGGCAGAGUGAAGAAAGAGAAGAUACUGUUUUUACAUGUCCGUUUAUUAAACAAGAACUCCUUCAUGACAAUACAAUAUUUAUUAGCGAUUAGUGUUGAGAAAAUUAUUUCCCUCUACAUACAAAAAUACAGAUUUGAACACUAUGAAAACAAUCAGGGCAAGUACCAUGAAAAAAUUGGUCCUUCAAAAGAAAUAAAGGGGGAAAACUGAGGGCAGUGUGAGGCUCUGUAGGCUGUCAGGAAUAAACCAACAGGAGCGAAGGCUCUGGGGCCCCCAAACCACUCUGAAUGGAUAGUCAAAUCUGGGGCUGGUGGCAGCUGGGUGGUGCCCACACCAGCCUCAGAAGCCAGGAUGGGAGCUCGGACCAACCAAUAGCAUAAACUGAAGUUUGCCGAACACACAUCACUUCAGCUCACCCCACAGCUGCAUCUACACUGUUAAAGGAAAUAGACUUUUUAAGAAGCAAAGUGUAGUAGUUAUUAAAUUAACAUUGCCCCUCCCCCAAGUACCACUGGGCCAAGUACCAGAGUAGUCACAUGGGAAUUAUCAGCCAUCUGACUCGUCUUCCUUUGUUACAAAAUAUGACACAUUCUGUCUGACCCUUCAAAGCAGGAAAAAAAAAAUUUUAUGUUUCAAUAAAUCCAUUCCUUCAUUUUAAAUGG